AUGCACACCCCUAACUCUUACUGUAUAUGCCUAAAAAAACCAAUCAAAUCCAACCUCAACAACAAGAUGAAGAAGACUUAUGUUUUAAAUGCAAAGAUUGUGGACAACUUGAUAUCUGUUGUCACAAGUGUUGUACACGAUGAAAUGCCUAAUGGGAUACUAUUGGAAGUUUCCUUCAUGCCUAAAGCGAUUUCCAUUUCCGAGCUUUCUGAUGAAGACUUCACCGAGCAAGAAUGUGAGGAUUCGCGACAAAAAGUGAACACUGGCUUGCUCCCCAAGUUAACCAUUUGGAUUGCAUCACGCCUUGCGAAUUUGGAGAUUCAAAUCGAGCGAGCAAAUCUGAGAGGACGAAAUAAACAAUAUCCUUCUUAA